AUGACAAGGACAAAGGGAAAGGCAAGCAAGGUACUCAUUCCCAUCGCAGACGCCAGCCCCAGGAAGCGGAGGAAAGGAGCUCAGCCUGUCGAAAGUAAUACCACCUUACUGGCCAUCAACCAGAUCAAAGAGCAGGCGAAGCACAAGCACAAGCAUGCACAGGCAACACGCAAAAGCUAUGACGGGUAUGUUGCACGUGGGCAGACAUGGCUGAAGACACACUUCAGCAAUACACCAGAUACAAGCGGCAGCACGGCAAAAGAGCAGGACAGCGAAUCAUCAGAGUCACUCAUGGUUGCAGUUGGUGACGCUUACGAGGACCCAGCGUUUAGGGAAGCACUUGAAAAGACGCCUAACAGGCACUCAGAUAAGGCACUUGCACUCUUGAUUUCGUACAAAUGCUUCCAUGAGGACUGCGGGAUGAGUACAUGCGAGGGCCUCUCAGCGGCAUUCAAGAAGCUCUGGGAAGAAGUGGAUGGAGACACCUUCCGUGGCAAGUGGCAUUACAACGAUGUCCGCCAGCGCUGGGAAGGCAAUCCCGUAUGUUCGGCAGAGGUGCAAGAUAUAAUCAAGUCCGUCAGGCACAAAACCAACAGUGACGGAGGGGAGAGAACGCACUCGGUUGCAAUGUCCAAGAGCUAUCUCAUCAGAGCGAUCAUCACUGGCAGUGACUCCAAAUUUGCGGAGAAAAAUCUCACCCUGGAAUCCCGGACACUGUACACGAAGAUUUUGAUGAACAUGGCAUUUAGCACCACGGCCUGGAACCUUUGGACGAGGUGCUUCGAGUUAAUAAAGCUAAAAAGGAAAGACCUCGCCAUUGAUCAUUCAGAAGUUGCCGCAGUGCUCAAUAAGUACCUUAACGGUGAAACUCUGUCAGCAAAGGACCUCCACGCCCAUUUCAAGGUCUUCCUGUCAAACCGCAAAGGCUGGCAACGAAAGGUAGACAAGGGUGUAUCUGAUCUGCGCUGCAACCGCUAUAACCUGUACCCACAGCCCAACAUGCCAUCCUGUGACUGUUUUUUCUGGCUCCUCCUAUGGCUUACAUUCCUCGAGUUCAUUCACUAUGGCCGACCACUCGACCCCGAGGAUUACGUCUUCCCUACCAUGAGCACAAACGGCAUUGUGCAGCCUCGUGAGCACAUCUCACAUGAUGCAGUGCAAGGAUGGAUCAACGAAGCGACAACAGCAGCUGGAAUACCUCAUGGACCUAGUGACAGCUUUACCACUCACACUUACAGACGCGGUGGUGCACAGUGGCGCAGGAUGUUUGCGCCCAUUGGCCAGCGCUGGACAUUGGCAAGGGUUCGGUGGUGGGGAUCUUGGGCAGAGAACGAGAACCCUGACAUGCUGAUCCGCUACUUACUCGACGAGCUGCACUCAUACGAGAGUGACCACAGUGACGCCCUGUGCCCCACUCAGCGUGAAGCUGAUGGAUCACUAAUCGGUGAACACACCCUUACAAAGCCGGCAUGCACACAAGACCUACUGUUGAUGCAGGAUUCCAUCACGGCUGAUGUUGCAGGGCUUCGGAGUGAUGUCUGCCGUCUCGCAACUGCCCUUACUCAUGGUGAAAGUGCAAUGGUUCCCACUGGCAGCGCUGGCAGCUUCACCAUCCCACAACUGUCAGCGCAGCCACACCCUUCCUUCCACAGUGCAAUGCCUUCGCCACCAUCUGUCAGCCCAGCUGGUCAGCUGGUCACUACAUCUGUUCCCUCCAGCGCCCCAAUCCAAGCACUCAGCCAGAUCACAAAUAGCGGCACCAACGGCAUCCGCCAACUCCCUGAACAGGGUCUUGUGAUCCCUGCUGUCCCAGCACAGCGUGCUGAUGGGAGCUACCCACCCAGGAAGGAAUCCUGGAGGCAGAUUGUCCGGCACUGGUUGGAGGGUGACCCCACACGUGGCUUGCAUCUCCCCCUUCGAGACUGGCCAGCUGAUUGGAUCCGAGGCAAGAACAAGGCCCUAUUUGCCUCCAAGUAUAAGCAGCGCGCUGUGAUUGCACUGGAAUUCCUUGACCGAUAUAAUGGCAACGAGACCUUGUUCCUGGCCGCCUAUCCAGAGGCCAAUGAAGGCCAUACGGGCCUCCUACGCGCCAUCAACCAUGCCAGGAAAAUGCGUGGGGAACUCCUCCCCCGAAAUCUCUUCUUCGCACUCGCACGCACACCAACUCACACUACCAGUCUCUUCUUCUUCACACUCGCACGCACACCACACCUCGCACUCGCACUUGCACUUCUCCACUCGGAAACCACACUCGGACAGUAA